AUGGCGGAUUUCUGGGCUCAAGCAAAUGCGUUACUUAGAAAAAACGUAACCUACCAGAGGAAACACUUAUGGACGAAUGUUCGACUAGUCCUGAUUCCACUCUUCCUCUGUUCACUUCUCCUUGGGAUUCAAUUGUUGCUCGAUCAUGCGGUGAAGGAAGCCGCGGCUUUGAAUAAAUGUGGAAGUAAAGAUGCUGAGAUUGGUGGUGAUUGUCCAGUACCGAAACCUCCAUUGUUGCCUCCGAUGUUACAGAUUCCAGAACCUCAAUCUCGUGCUGUUCAAGCUCGUUUCUUUUCCUACGGAGAUCUUCCUGACAAGUCUUGUAGAAAAACAGGAACUUGUCCUGUAACUAUACUCCUUACUGGGAAUAACGAUUCCUUUGGUAAAGCGUUAUCGGGGAAUAUAUUUGGCGGUUCUUUCUCGGUGAAUACCUCGGAUCUUUUGUCUAGUUUAGCCAAUAAUGUCUUGGGUUCAUCAUUACCGGCAAGCUCAGACAACAACUAUGCAGAUCCAGGGAUUGGCUCGGAUAUUCCCAUCUACAGUAUCCAAUCUCAGUGCAGUCCAAACUCUACAUGGCCAUUCUCAUUCGGACAAAUUCAUACGCAGGUGAAGUGUGUUCAAGGUUUAUGCCUCUGGAGAAAUUCCUCUAUAGAGGUCAAUGAUGAGCUUUUCAAAGGUAGUUGGAGAGGAAAUCCAGAGAGGAUGACUAAUGAGAUUGGUGCAGCAUACGAUCUCUUGAGUACGGAUACAAAAAACUUCAAUGUGACCAUCUGGUAUAACUCGACAAAGAGUGACGAUUCUCCAAGACAAACUUUUGUUCGANUUCCUCGCUUGAUCAAUUUGGUAUCAAAUGCUUAUCUUAAGUUUCUGAAUGGUCCGGGGACAAGGAUAUUAUUCGAGUUUGUCAAAGAAGUUCCUAAACCCGCAACUAAAAACAGUCUAGAUAUCGCGUCCAGGCUUGGCUCGCUUUUCUUCACUUGGGUUGUUCUUCUUCUAUUCCCUGUGAUUUUGACAUCAUUGGUAUAUGAGAAACAACAGCGUCUAAGAAUUAUAAUGAAAAUGCACGGCCUAGGAGAUGGUCCAUAUUGGNUGAUUUCNUAUGCCUAUUUUCUUAUCAUAUCAAUGUUGUACAUUAUUUCGUUGGUGAGCUUCGGGUCAGCGAUAGGACUCAAGUUCUUCAGGCUCAAUGACUAUAGCAUCCAAUUCCUUUUCUAUUUUAUCUACAUAAAUCUACAAAUCUCCUUCGCCUUUCUUGUUUCUUCAUUGUUCUCAAAAGUCAAGACUGCAACAGUNGUUGCUUANAUAUUGGUGUUUGGAACUGGGCUCAUGGGUAGCUUUCUCUUCCAAGGGUUGGUUGAAACUCCUUCAUUCCCUGAAAAUGGGAUUCUUGCCUUGGAGUUGUAUCCCGGUUUUUCGCUAUUCCGAGGAUUGUAUGAGUUCUCGGCAUCAGCUGUCAGUGGAAACNGGAUGAAAUGGAAGGAUCUNCGCGAAAGCNGAAUGGAUAAAGUGUUCUACAUCAUGUCAGUGGAGUGGUUUGUUAUUCUCAUUGUAGCCUAUUGUAUCGAUCAGGUUUCUCAAUCCGGAGAAAGCCCUUUCUUUUGCUUCAAGAAAUCUCCNUCCCUACCAAGUCCUANUGUGCAGAGACNAAGCUCUGGAAACGUCCUCAUUGACAUAGAGAAAACAGAUGUUACUCAGGAGAGAGAAAAAGUUGAGCAAUGGAGGAAUGAAGGGAACACAGGGCACGCGAUCGUGUGUGACAAUCUGAAGAAAGUGUAUCCAGGUAGUGAUGGUAAUCCACCAAAAAUAGCAGUAAGAGAUUUAUAUCUCGANNUGCUUUCGGGAGAAUGUUUUGGUAUGCUUGGACCUAAUGGUGCUGGAAAAACUUCCUUCAUCAACAUGAUGACCGGGCUUCUGAAACCGUCAUCUGGAACAGCGUUCGUUCAGGGUCUGGAUAUAUGCAAGGAUAUGAACAAAGUAUACACAAGCAUGGGCGUAUGUCCGCAGCACGACUUGCUUUGGGAGACGCUAACAGGAAGGGAGCAUCUUCUCUUUUAUGGGAGACUAAAGAAUAUCAAGGGCUCUGCUUUAACCCAAGCUGUGGAAAAGUCUCUCAAAAGUGUCAGCCUUUUCGAUGGAGGAGUUGCUGACAAACCAGCUGGAAAAUACAGUGGAGGUAUGAAAAGGCGACUUAGUGUGGCCAUUUCGCUAAUCGGGAACCCAAAGGUGGUUUACAUGGAUGAACCUAGCACCGGACUUGAUCCAGCUUCAAGAAAGAACUUAUGGACCGUGAUCCAGCGUGCAAAACAAAACACAGCAAUAAUCCUUACAACUCACUCGAUGGAAGAAGCAGAAUUUCUAUGCGAUAGAUUGGGUAUAUUUGUAGACGGAGGCUUGCAAUGCAUAGGAAACCCGAAAGAGCUAAAGGGAAGGUACGGCGGAUCGUACGUGUUUACGAUGAUGACCUCACCGGAACACGAGGAGAAAGUAGAGAGAAUGGUUAAAUGUGUAUCACCAAACGCCAAGAGAGUGUAUCAUCUUUCAGGAACACAGAAAUUCGAGAUACCUAAGCAAGAAGUCAUGAUUGCAGAUUUGUUUUUGAUGGUGGAGGAAGUCAAAAGCAAAUUCACAGUUUUUGCUUGGGGACUCGCAGACACAACUCUCGAAGAUGUCUUCUUCAAGGUUGCUUCAACUGCUCAAGUCUUCAAUUCCUUGUCUUAA